AUGCAGCGUAUUAUUAAUUACCCAAAAAAUUCUAGGGUGGUAGUUUCUGCUCCCAAAGGACCAGGUCAACACAAUUUUGCCUUUGACGAUAUCGGAAAGACCUGCUCACUUUGUGGAAAAGAUUUCGAUCGCGUAUGGAAUCUACGACGCCACCUUACCAAAUAUCAUAAGUUAGCAACUCAUAUUGCUAACGAUAUUAGCCCUCAAUAUGCCGAUAGAAAUUUAGCGUCACAAAGUCAGACCACGAACACUGCCGAGCCGACCGCCCCUGAUCACAAUGACGAUUCCGUUAACGAAGACCUACACGUUGAAUCCGAUUUGGAGGAUGACGACAGCAGCGAUGUUGACGACAUAAACAGCGAUGGCGACGAUAAUGUUAGCGAGAUUGAACUCGAUGCCGGUGAAAGUAUUAUCGAGAUGGAUGAGGACACCAGCCCCUUUGAAAGUCCAAGUCCAGUUGAAUCUACUAACAUAAAGCUUGAAACUCUUCUCGGUGUUGACUCGACCCCUGUUGAUGUUGCCCUAUGCUACAGCGUCUCACCUGGGAAAGUCUUUCAUUUGAUUCCCAGGCACAAGUCCUUGCUGGAAGAGCCUCAUUUCUUAAAACGGCACGUACUAGACGAAACCGGAAAGCCGAUCGAUCCAAAGUUGUUUUACAAGGUGAGGAUAUCGCCCAUUAUACUUUUCACCGACGACACCUCCGGAAACCGAUCAAAGCAAUAUAACCCGUACGAAAGCUGGUCAAUGAAGUUUGCUGCUCUCUCCUACGAAGAGAGGUCUUCAAUUGAAAACAUCCACUUUCUCUCUGCUAUUCCCAAGAAAAAGGGGGCAAGUGGGAUGUCCUUGUUGCCUAAAAUCGUUGAAGAUUUCAAAAGGCUCGAAAACGGACUGGUGAUGUUCUCUGCCAAAGACAACGAAAACGUCUUAGUAGCAUCACCACUCCUUUGGAUCGAGGCAGACACUCCAUGCCAUUCUGAACUAUGUGGUUUGCGCGCGCCGACAAGUCUGUACCCAUGCCGCAAAUGUUAUGUCCGUUUACAAAGAUCCAUGCCCAACCUCCAAAGCUCUUCGUAUUAUACUGGUAGACACACAGCAAGAACAAAGGCACACUAUCUUGCUGCUGCGUCUACCUCGGGACGUGGAUCGACUAUUCCAGAUGCUCCUUUGACUGGAAAUGCUCUGACAGCAAGCGACCUAUGCUUCGCAAAUAGGGCAACAGAUGCAUUGUUGGAACUACAGUCAUUCGAUCCAUCGACAGAUACUCCAGUUGAAGUUCUGCAUAACAUACUUCUUGGAGUUGCUAAGUAUCUAGUCAAUGAUUUGGUAAAGGUUGUACUAAAGAAAAAUCCUAACCAAAUGGCUAGAUUGUCCAAAGCCCUCAACGAUUAUGAAAACUCUCAAGGAAUGUCAAGAAAGUUCACUCGAGAGUUACGACACUGUGGCUCAUUCCUUGGGAGGGAUUACAAAGUUCUUCUGCAAAUUCUACCCGCUAUCUUAGUUACAGAAUUUGCAAAUGAUAGUAUACUCUCUCUCAUAACUCCACCUUUUGUCCGUCUUGGCCGUCUUUGCUCCUUGGUGUUUGUUAGAGCAGUAAGGUAUGAUUAUAAUAUGUACAUCGACGAAGUUGAAAAGGCAGUUACAAGCCUUAUCCAAGAACUGCAUCAUUAUGUCAUUACCUGUGAAAUCGAAGGACAUAAUCCGUAUUCCUCGAAGCCCAAGGUUCACCUGCUCACACAUCUGCCCGACGAUCUACGAAGAUUUGGAACUGCUCUACACUACGAGACCGAAAAAGGUGAGCAGUUUAACAAACACAUCCGUGAACACCUAAUGCAUACCAAUAGGUUAAACACCUCAAGAGAUGUAUGUCUCAAGUUCGCCAAGCAAUCUGCAAUGAGACACAUCAUUGAUGGUGGUUCAUGGGUGAGCAAAGACAAAAUGAGAGAGAAGUAUGGUAAUUCCACGGCAGAAUUUCUUAAAGAAAACUUUAACGACAAUGUUAAGAAUAUCCUGUUUAGUGGAUCAAGAGACUUUGCUGAUAAUAACGACACUGAUGACAUUACAGCAAAAGCACUCUGUGACAAUACCUUUGCGGUGUUCAUGCUCAAGGAGAGUAGAGACCAACAUGCCCAUCCAUUUAUUGGAAAGGUUUCCUCUUUGAGAGUAGAACACUAUCGAGUUGAGAGUAGUCCCACGCUCAAGUUAACAACUACCUCCUCGCGCAAAAGGUUUCCAAUGAUGCAUCUACUCCACUCGAUCAGCUGA